AUGAACUUCUGGGUCCUCCUACUCAUCGUGUUCAUCUUUGAGGUUGUGAUGCUUCUGCCUGUGCAGGGAAACUUCAGACCCGAAUAUUCCAUUAAAAUAAAAGAAACUGAGCAAUGCUGGGUCCAACCUUCAUUCAAGUACUGUAGAAACAGAUGCACUAAAAUAAAUACCUGUUUAUAUCCGAAUUUCACAUGUUGCUGGACCUACUGUGGAAACAUCUGCUUGAAUGAUGAGUAA